AUGGCUAUAACCAUCACCACAGCUAUGCUAUCCAAAAGAACUCACAGAAUAUCUAAAUCCACUUUUAACUUUGUUGCUCGUUUCAUUUGGAACGAUCACAAGGGUUCCAAACGUCCCGACAAUGAAGCUCUUGCAGAUGCGUUAAACCUCCUCUCGAAACCAACAACGAAACCCAAAUUUAAACCUUCGUUAUUCAAAUCAUUGACCGAAGGGCCAAUAGAUGAACAGUUGUCUAAUGCACAACACAAUAUACAUUUCAAACAGGAGCCACACAUACAUGAGCAUUUUGUGAACAAUUUAUUGUGGGGGAUAAAGUCAUCCUUGUUGGACUCGCAGAUUAACCAUUCUCAACUUCUAAACGAUAUGGGCGUUGAAGAAUUGAGUAGCUACACCAAAAGAAUGAAGAGCGAGGACCUGUUGCGCGAGAUUAUACAACUAUUUUACAACCAUGAUAGGUUGACACCUCGAAUAUUGACCGACGUUUUAUUGAACAAGUCAUUAAAGAGUUUAGACAAACUCCCGAUCGAUUUAAACAGUUUUGAAGGAAUCACUGGUAUCGAUAACAGGGCAAUUAUACAUUUGAAAAUUAUCAUGUUGAAGAAAUACUAUGAUUUGAAUCGACCAUUGGACAUCAUACGAAACUUGAAAACCAAUUUUGCCACACUCUAUCUUCCAUUAAUUGAGAACCACAGACUCACGCCAUUCUAUGAGCGAAUAGUAUGGCGCUUUGUGUUUGAGUAUUUGCGACAGUAUAAUGAAGAACACUAUAUGAAAACAUUGAAAUCCGUCCAGUCGAGCUUUCUAAUUUGGGAAUCCUCCUCCUACACUUCGAGUCAAUCUAUUGCGUAUCUUAUUUCAGAGAAUCACAGUGAAAUGUCAAAACUACAAGUCUUGUUUAUGAAAAUUGCAAGCUGCACAAGAACCUCUGAAGUCCCAAAAUUGAGAAGAAUAUCCAUUAGAAAUAAGCUAUACCACUUCAGGGAAGAUAGAAAGUUGCUUUAUUCUGUGCUUAACGAAUUAGAGAAUUUUUUGAUCACAUCACAACCAGAAGAAAUGAAAUCUUUACUCGAAGAGUUGGCAAUGUACAGGCUUGAGCUAGUUCAAGGAGCGUACACUAUGCCCAUGAAUAGCCUUGACAAUUUGGAGUUGAGCAAGGCAUGA